UCUCUAUUCACCAUCACUAGCGAAUUAAUGGCACGAGCUGAGUUGAAGGGAGAUGUACAGCGAGGGUUCGCAAGCUUGCCAUCAGAGCUGUUCCUCAACAUUCUCGAUCAACUUGUGGGUACCCACAACGGCCAGCAGCCUGUAGCGUACGCGCCGUCAAACACCAUCACCAAGACAUUGCGCGCACUCACUUUGGUGUCGCGCAAUACUUACCUUAUAGCCACACAAUAUCUUUACUCUCAUUGUCUUUAUCUGGAUAGUUGCACGACUUGUGCGCGAUUUCGAAGAACACUCGGACUAAACCUGGGGCGUCACCCACAAGCUCUCAACUAUGGAGAAGCCGGGCGAAACGAAGGACUGUUCGCGGAAGCCCAGGCACUCCGUCAUAUCACCUCCAUAUUCGUUUCGCCAACCGAGGUGCGCAGGCUGAUCGAAGGGAACCAUACGCCUUUGGUGCGACUACCACAGAUCAUCGAUCUCUGCAAUAUGAUAGGGCCUUCGCUCAAGAGACUGGCUUUAGACCUCUCUGCAAUCUAUGCGCCACCAAGUGAGGUUGAGCAAAUCAGGCCACAUGUCACCGAGAACAGGGUCUUUUCACACAUGAUGCACCUUGAAGAGCUCAUUGUCAGCUACGAUGUGGUCAACUACUUUCGACACCCACCACCCAAUCUAAAACGGCUUGCCAUCACUACGCAGGAGAUGACAGAUCUGGAAAUAGCGUUCUGUCUCAAGACACCAUCUCUGCAAACGCUUGUUAUGAUGCGACCCUUCAAUCUAGCAGCCAAAGACAUCGACACCCUAUUCAGAUCAUACGACGGCAGAAGCCUCGACGUUGUCCUGGUAGAUGUAAAUUCCAACCACCGGACACCUGAAAAGACUCGAAAUUGGACAGGACAAGACGCAGUACGGAUCUGGGAAGCCGACGUACCUAUCAGCUUUUACGGCGACGAUGACGACAUCAUACUAUGCGAUGCCUGGAUAUGGAAUCACGGAGUCGGCGGUACCCUAUGGAGUCAGGACAGGCGGCGAAUGGCGUCUUGGGAAGAUGUUGAGAAGCGUCUGGCUGGCCCAGUACACACAUUUGUGGAGGUGUAGCCCCGAGGCUAUUGCGCAUCAGGUCAUCACUGCUUGAGCAGCACCGAAGUGGCAUCAAUAUCGGCCU